AUGUAUGGUGAUGAUUACAAAUUUCAAAAAAAAUUUCGAUUUACUAUGGAGUUUACAUGUUUUCCUAUCAGAACUACAUUUAUACCUUCGUACAUGACAAUAGAUGCCAAAAUAGCAAAUUAUCAGGUUUUGAAAAACAAAAAGCCAGUCAAGGACAAAUCUGAAACUUGGACUCAAGUGGUUAAUUUAAAGAAAAAAGCUUUUAAAAACGGAGGCCAUAACAAGUCUUUACGUUUUGAAACCACAAUUGAAACUGAUGGUGUUGGCGUGUCUAUUAUAAAGCAAAACACUACUACAGAUAGAAAAAUACCCAACAGCAAAACAGUUACAAUAAAACAAGCAGGGACUAAGAAGGAUAAUGAUUUUGCUUAUUUAAAGAAAACAAUUGGCAGAUGCGUAUUAAUUGAUCCUGGCCGUAGAGAUCUAUUGUAUUGCAUGAAAGAAACGAGUACUAUCGAAAAUAAACAGAUCCUUAUAUUUACUAAGAACAACAGAACACAACUUUCCAGGCAUUUCAUAUCAUUGAGAAAGCAGAAUCAACCAUUGGUAAUGAAAGAAGCCGAAGCAAACCUUUCUAAAAGCGAAUCGUUUAUACAAUAUAUUAAAACUGGAGCAUCAGUAAAAGACACUUGGUAUAACUAUUAUGCUAAUGGAGCAAUAAAAUCCUUUCAAGCAUUUUAUCCUGCUUCUGAAUUUGACUUCAAACUCGAUCAGAAAUGUAAUCUGUAUUAUGGAAGUUGGUUUAUUACACGGAUCCUAGAUUUCCCCCCAAAAACGGCAAUACUACUCAACAGAUAA